GCCUCAUUCAAAAAUCACAAGCAACCAACCAACUAAACAAACAAAUAAUCACUACACAGCAAUAAGCUUUUAGCCAUGACCUCAGUUCAGUGCCACAAAAUAUGCCAAGAAACCUGCUACCAGCAGAAGACCCAAUCAUCCAUUGGGCAAAAGGUUUCUGAGAUAUCAAAGGCCACCACAAUGGUGCCAGUUGCCACCCAUGCCCAGCAACACUGCCAUGGUAGCAGCAACCACCACAUUGGAGCCACCCAAACCCAUACCAAUUCCCAAUGCCAUGGUGGCAGCCACCACAGUGGAUGCUCCCAUUCCCAUACCCAUACCCAAGGCUAUGGUGCUGCUAACCACCAUAACAAUGGAGGAGGCUAUGCUGGUAGCCUCCACAAAGGAUGCAUCCAAUCCCACACCCAUACCCAAGCCUGUGGCGGUGCUAACCACCAAAACAAUGGAGGAGGCUAUGGUGGUAGCCUCCACAAAGGAUGCACCCAAUCCCACACCCAUACCCAAGCCUGUGGUGGUGCUAACCACCACAACAAUGGAGGAGGCUAUGGUGGUAGCCUCCACAAAGGAUGCACCCAAUCCCACACCCAUACCCAAGCUUGUGGCGGUGCUAACCACCACAACAAUGGAGGAGGCUAUGGUGGUAGCCUCCACAAAGGAUGCACCCAAUCCCAUACCCAUACCCAAGCCUGUGGCGGUGCUAACCACCACAACAAUGGGGGAAUCCAAUCCCAAUGCCAUGGCAGCAACAAAACCAACAUGACAGCCCACAGUGGAGGAGGGUAUGUUGCGACCAACAAAACCACUGAAACUGAUUACUACCACAGCCAAACAAAGACCACCGCGAAUAGCGGCAGCGGGAGGUGCAGUAAUGGAAGAAGCAAGAAGGAGCACAAGAGCAGGGGCAUGUUCCAGAAGAUCAAGGAUGGGUUGUCCGGCCGCAACAGCGAUUGCAGCAGCAGCGAGAGUGACAGCAGUGAGAGUGACAGCGACAACGAAAACAACUGCGGCAGGAGGAGCAGGAAGAAUUGCAAUUAAGCAGUAAGCACCAGCUCUGGAUUCUUCAUCACAGCUCCUAUGAUGUCAAGUGUGUAGCCACUGGCCACUGCUCAGAAUAAAUAAAAUAUCCUAAUUUAAAAUAAAUAAAUAAAUAAAUAAAAGUGAUGUACUUUGAUUAUGUAUGGUGUGACUCCGAGAUUGAGACCUAAAUGCAUUGUGUGCUUGCUCGAUCUCCUUAUUACUAUCAAUAAAACUGUUUGAAUUUAACAUCA